AUGCCCACAAUAGACCAACUAAUAGACCAGUUGGGCAUACUUACGCAACGGUCUGAGCAACAACUCAAUUCAAAUGAACAGAUUUCCUCUCAGCUACAUACCCUUCAGAGCCAGAUCAUAGAUAGAGAGUAUACCAUCGAAGAAUUAGCAGCGAAGCACGAAAACUCACAGAUUUUUCUUCAGCAUCUGGCGUCUUUGAGUCUUCGAUGUGACUUUCUUGAUAAACAACUUACAGGACUUGAAGGAUCGUCUCACACAGACACCUCUAUAUCAGCCACUUGCAACCUGGGACUGAAAGAGUUCAAGGAUUGGAAGGAGAACAGCUUGAAUUGGAUGACUGCUGAAACCACCUACGAAAAUCUUUCCUUAGAAUAUAACUAUCUGAUAAAGCAGUUGAACAUAGCUAAUAAGAGGUAUGAGGGUUAUCGAAAUGGUGAUAAUGUGAUCAAUAGUGAAGAUGCUAGUGACCUCCCAGCCUCUACUUCUGCUACAGAUAUCUCUACGGACUCCUUGUUCUCGUCCAAACAAACUUCGCUUGUUACAAACUCCUCUUCUUCUUUUUCUGAAGUACUUCCUCGUGCGCCAAAGAGACGUCUUCUGAAGAUGGAGAGUUUUCUUUCUAUUCCCUACGAGCAAGAGGGCAUUUAUCAAAUUAAAAGCGACGAUUCUUCCCGACCCUUACUUAAACAAUUUCGAAUACCGUCAAUCGUCCUUGAAAACAACGAAAGAGCUGCUGCUGCCAAUGGUGCACCACUCAAAUUGAGGGAGGCCUCCAAUCUCCCUGUCUUACACGAAUCUGAAUACGAAGAGUCGUUUCAAUCUAGAUGCCAUCUCAAGCAUCAUAUCUCACUUCCCGAGACAGUGAAUGUUCCAGAAACGAUGUGUACUGCUGAAAGCACUCUGAAAACGAUUGAUAUCGAAGAGAAAGACACUGAUAACUCAACAAAGCCGGGGAAAACAAGUGAUCUGAGCUGGUUCUUUGAUCACUUAGAUGCUAAAUCACAGCCUUGCAUGCCUAAAGAGACUCUAAGGCAUUUCGUAUCCUAUGAUACGGGACUAAAGAGAUCGUCAAGUAAACAUUUCAACUUUAACGACUUCUCCUUUAUAGGGGAUGUCGACCUGACUAAUGACACCACAGAACUACGAUAUGAUAAAAGCAGUGUCAUCGACUCAUCACAAUCGAUAACUACUGUGAAGCACAGCCAUAUUGACGAAGAAGCAGUGGGGAUGACGGCAUCUUCAAUGAACUCAGAUGAUAGUUAUGGCCACGAGGAGGUGCUGCCGGUUGAUUUUCUGAGUCCUCAGAGUCAAUCCAGUAGUUUAGGAGAAACCCAAAUUUACGAAAACAUCGAUACUUAUAUUGCCAAUCUUAAAAAGAAGGAUAUAGAAAGAAAACUACACAAGUCUCGGUCUCACGAUAGCAUAUUCAACGAUUACGGAAAGAAUGAUCGUGGAAGAGUUUCGCAUCUAAGGAAUACGGAUCUUAAAGCUCAAACUCUGAAAUGGCUCAAGCCUUGCGUUCCUAUUGUCUCUCCUUCCGAUGCCAGCUUUCAGAGACCCGUUGUAGAGAAAUCAGAGCCGGUAAUUACGGUUUCGUCGUCGUUUCGAAAGCUUAAAUUGGAAACGAAUCCCAUUAAUACGACUGCGGCUACCUCCGCAUUUCCCUGGUUCUUCAAAUCAGAGCCACAUACAAAACAGGAAGCUCCAGUGCAUCCUCAACAACUUCGUCAUCAGAUGUCAAUGUCUCUAACUUCCCGGAAGGAAAUGGCCUCUUCCACCACCACACCGAUAGACAUUGUUGCUUCAGGCUCAUAUGUACCUCAAUCUCACAAUCAUUGGUGGGAAAGUAUAAUACCAGACUCUGCUAUGAUCACCUCAGAGACAGGUAAACUGAUUGGACAACCCGCUGCCAGGUCGCUGGCCAACAAUACCGGCACAGGUGCAAGUAUGAAUCAUUCUGCCUUAAGUUGCAGUACUUCUUUUGAGCCGCGUAGGCUGGUAUUAAACAAGAUUAUGGGCAGAAUUACACCGAACGGAUCAUACUCUACAAUGCUUAUUGGUGGCAACGGGAGGAAGAUAAUUCGCCAUGGAUAUGGAUCCGAUUUCCACACCAACGUUCUCAGCUCGAGAGUCAGUCAUGCUGCUUUAAGAGAGGCUCUAGAAAGCGACAUGGGUGGAUUAAAGUAA